CACGGAUUAGUAUCGUGUCGUUUCUAUGUUUUGUUGCUUUGCCUAUUGCACGUUAAACAGCCCACCAAACCAAUAACCAGGAAGCAGAAAAUUUUUUGAGCACGAAACGGGGCGCAUGGCUCUAGCAGUUUAUCGUGUUUAUUCACUAUUAACUUGUGCACCGCCAUCGGUAUAGUGUUGGAAAAAAAAGCUCAACAAUUGUUAAUAUGUUGCGCUCGUGCUCUUUUAGCAUUUAUCGUUCUCGUUUGUUUUAUCCACAUUUUCUCGUUAAGCAGUAGUCAAUGGUUUUCAAUUAAAAAUAAUAGUACAAUAAUAACAUCAAGCAACAAAAGGCCACCAGUGCAGAAGUGUGCAGUGCAGUAGAAUCAAAACAAGCCAGGACUCUCACAUGCUGCGAAAAUACUUUAUUAUUCAUCAUAAUUGCAACCACUUCACAAGCCCCGGUGAAUUGUCGUCGUUUUGGCAGCUAAAUUUAGUCUCUAUCAGUGAUCAAACUUCGGACAGCCAGCGACCACAAACUCGUCAGAUACGUCAAAUGAGAGCAGUCACACGUCCCUCGUUAUUGUUUUCUGUUCUUCCACAAGUACGCGCAAUCUCAAGCAGCUAGAACCAAACAAACGUGGCAAUAUGCCGUCACUAAGUACCUAAUAAUCGACACAAUAAACUCUUACUCAUAGCUCAUAAACGACACGACCGUCGCAGCGCGUAGGAAGCAAAGAAAUAAAAUGCGCGCAAAAGUCGGCACCCUGGACGAAAUCAGAAAAUCGAUCGUCGUUGCUGCUGAAUCGGACGAUGAUACCACGCGCUCGUCAUCAGGUGGCGCUUCGAGUGGGGUGAUGAUCGGAGCCACCGGAGCCAACGGCGCAGCACAACCGCAGCGAAAACCCGACCUGAGCUUGCUGCGUAAACCGAUCCUGACGGCGGUGACCGGUUUUCUGGAGGCACACAGAGCGUACGAAGCGGGAACCGAUGAGAUACGCCGACUGCUGGCCGGCGAGUGCGACCUGAUGUACGAGUGCCGCGUGUGCCGGAACGUUUUUCGCUGUCUGACCAACUUCAUCUCCCACAAGCGGGUGUACUGUCGGGAGCUGUUUAAUGCGGCGCAGAAUUUCCACUUUCAGAACGAUGGGUUUAUGGACCAAGAUAUCACAACAAUUUUCCAGGCGGAGGAGGAGGGUCAGCGAGAGCCGAAGAAAGCUCACACCGACGUUCUGAACAAGGAUCUGUCCAGCAUAGUCGAGCGAUUAAAGCGUAAACAGUUCAGCAGUAACGCCAUCGCAAACCAUGUGACUGAGUAUUAUGAUAGGAUUAAUAGUAAAGUAACGCAAGAUGAUCUCAAAAGACAGCAACAUGUGCUACAGCUGGAUAAGGUUCCGCAGUCGCGGGCAGCCGUCUAUCAAACCGUCCGGCGCGACGUGAUCGCGGACAACAUGCAGGCUCGGGUGGUCGAACUGGAAAAUCUAACCAACAAUAACAAUACCAUACUGGGACUGGACGGUAAAGUUCUAGACCCUUCAUCACGGCCUCAAUCGACAAUGUCAGUGCCAUUCGAUUCGACGAGUCAGUAUUUCAAGCCCAUAGAACCACUGGAUAAGGCUAGCAGCAGGGAUGAUUUAGCAAAUGAUCGACUUGCAUCGGCACUGAUCUGUCAGGAAUGUAAUUUACAGUUUGACACUAUAAGUAUGCUUCAGUUGCACGAUGAAAUGAAACACACGCCUUCGACGUUCGUUUACUCGUGCCCUUCGUGUCCGCAAAACUUCAAAACGCCAGCAUUAGUACUCCGACAUCUCAGUACAGAUCACAACAAACCCUUGCGUCGGAUCAAAGCGAUGCGUGAAGGCAUACUGAAGCGCCGCAUUCGGGUGGAUGAAAUAGUUUCAAAAGGGCCAUCUCGAGAGCUUUCUCGGCUGCUGCAAUCCGGAACCGGCAGUAAUACUCGCACUAGUUCUCCCUUAGAUCGGAAACCCUCGAUUGAAGAGCACGACGAGGCAGCUGCCACGCGGGCUUGGAUGGAAAACCUUGAAAAUUUCGACCAUGGCCCAAUGUGUUCCUACUGUGGGAAGAGUUUCGAACGCAAAGCGGUACUUACGACCCACAAACAAACGUGUCCGCAGAGAAUACGACAAACGGAAAAUGGAGCUGCAUCAGUUCCGCUACCGUCGAAGACGGGAAGCUCUUCCGGCAGACGCAGUAAAGUGAAGCAUGCCACGCAGCAGCUCUCACCGGCUGAACCGGUAAAAAUUAAACAAGAACCGAUAGAUUCGAUGCCGGCCAGCAGCGAUGAAUCGAACUCGUACGAUGUGCCGCUGGCGAAACUCCAGACGCGAAUUUCUCAGGACAGUGUGUUUACGAUUAAACCAGAAGAAAUUACCGCACUUAGCGGUUGUGAUGAAAAGAAUAGACGCAAACGAAAGAAGGCCACUAUAAUGCUUAGAAAUGCUAGUGACGAUAUCAGCUUUGAAGUGACCGAACCGGAACAAAGUUCGUUGUGUAAAGAUGAAGAAUUUAGUGUACCUGUUGUUAAGAAUGAACCCAUAGAAUAUUCCGUGGCUGUGAAGCUAAACGCACCAAAGGCUAAACGUGGACCAAGAAAUCGCAAGAAACCGGUCCCGGAAGAAGAAAUUAACGAGCAAGUAAUGAAGGAACUGUUCGAAGCCAACGGUGCGAUUGUGUGUAGAUGCGGUAAACGGUAUGUUGAUCCUGAACAGUACAAACAUCAUUUGCGGGUAUUCCACAAUCGGCAGCGGCGAUUUUGGUGUGCGGUUUGUGAUUUCAAAGGCUACCGGAAGGUGGAUACCAUCAACCAUUUGGUGCAGAAUCACGGCUAUGCAGGCGACCAGAAAGAUAUAUCUUCACUGAUAAACUUCCAACCAGUCGAAAAAGACGAUAAAGCUCUUCCAGAAGAAAGCCAGUCGAUCAUGACCGUUAUUGAGACUGUGAACCGUAGUUAUGAUACCAGUGCGACUGACAUAUCCUUUACUGAGGUUACUGAAUGCAGCACUUCCGUGGAUGCUUUGGACACAACACACGAGCUGAGCUUAGUUGAUGUUUUCGCAUUAACCGAACCCGACGAACCGUCACCUAGAAAACGCGCUCGGCAAAAGAGUGUUCGUGAUUCGCUCCUUUGUCCAUCAACAAAAGCAAAACCCUUGGAAAAAGAUGACGACAGCAGCACCACCAGUUCUACCUCAAAGCGGCCCAUUCGGAACCGCAUCAAACCCGUUGACAAAGAUUUCGUUUACGAUCUGACACAUUUGCUCCACAAGGAGGAAGAUCUCGAAGAUUUUCCACUGCCCGAACUAGUCGUGGCGGAUAAACCUGCUGUAGUACCUGCUGCUCAAACUGUUGCCGUCAAACCUCCAAAGUUCGAAUCUAGUCGUACACCUCCGGUAUCGGUUGCGGCGGCAACUCCGCCACCGGAAAAACGAGUGGAAAGUAAGCGACAAUCGCUAAGAUCGCAUGCCCCCAAACCACUGCCGUCGGAACUGAUACGGGGAGCAGCCUAUCAAAUGGCUAAGCGGCAGGUAGACUUAGGGCUGGCUGCAUUCCACCGACCGCCCAUAUUCCCCCAAGAACGUGCCUUCAAUCCAGGAACAAUAGCCGCACGGAAACAACGCUCUGCAGGCGGCAUUCACGAAUGGCCAGUGAUAAAGAAAGAGCGCCGUGUCGGCUCAAUCAGCAAGAACAAAUCCGACAUACAAAUCAAACGCAAGUAUACGAAACGUGCCUCAACGACGCAGCUCGACUCUGUUCUGCCGGAGUUGAUCCGAGAAAAGCGAAAAGCUAUCCCACGACGCAACAGCGUCGUUCCGUUGCCGCAGAAAAUCUCCGCUUCGAUUGAAAUUCUCAACAAACUGAAUGCUUCUCGAAGUGCGGCCGGUCUCGAGGUGGUACGAAUGGGCGACUUUCCGGCGGCGAGGAAAUGUCUGUCCGAGUCCGAUCUUCGCAAGUACAUAGAUGCUCACCUGACGGACUAUCGGAAGAAACUUUCGCAGGUUAAUCUGAACGGCACCACGGCCGAAGAUGUUUCGCCGCCAGCGGGUGAACCUCGCAAGCGGAUCACACUGCUGCAGCGCCUGCAGGAAAACAAGAAGAAGCAAUUGCAGCAAAGCAGUACUCCGAAACGAAAGGACGGAACGCAGCCGUCAAUGGAACUUCCAUCACUUCCACCCGGACCACAAUCACCAUCGCCGCCAACGCUAGCGCCCCCAAAUGGUAACACGGCUACGCCCGUGAAAGUAACCGACGCGCUGCAAGCCAAAUUUAAAAAAAAUGCGACGAUAUAAGCUUCCGAUUUGUUCGUUCGUUCGUUCUUCCCACUGGUUGGUUGCUUUUGGUGAAAUAUUUGUUCCAUUUAUAGUAUCUAAACAACAUCUAGUGAGUAUGUAAUAAGUUCCACAUUGGUUUUAAUUUGCUUGCUUUAACGAAAAACUUCACGAAAGAACCGUGAAAGACCACCCUGUCAGCUAGGAUAAACAUAGGAUAGGAAUUCGAUUAACCAUUAUUGAAGCAUUUCAUUUCGUUUUUAAGUUUUGAACAAGCUAUUUUUAUUACGUUACCAGCAAUUUGUUUUGUGCGCACGGCGUAAGAAACAUAGUUUUAAGUUUGUUUUUUUGUACGAUAAUUAUUAUAAGAUUAUCCUGACGUAGCUAUAUUUCGCAGUAGGUUUAGGAGUAGCAUUGAAUUUGUGAUUUCCUAGAGGUUAUUUUCCACGAGAAGAAACAUUUAAUUGUUACAACAACUUACCGAUGCAGUGAAGUGAAAUCUAGUUCAAAACAACCUGAGUGUGUGUGUACUGCUUGUUUAGAGAAAAGUAGUAUACUUACUACAAAACCAUUUGUCAAUAAAAGAAGAGAAUGAA